UAGAAUGGCAGAAAAGAUAAAGCUUUUUAGAAGGAAUUAACUGAUGAGGUAAAUUUUAGCUGUUAAUAUUUCAUUAAGAAAAUACAAAGGUCAUGAGGUAAGGAGCGGUAGGUUUGCAGCCACCAUUUCUUCCGCCUCCGGUCUCCGGAUCUUUUGUAGAGCGUCCAACAGCGCUAUGUUGGGACAGAGCAUCCGGAGGUUCACAACCUCAGUGGUUCGUCGGAGCCACUAUGAGGAGGGUCCAGGGAAGAAUAUACCAUUUUCAGUGGAAAACAAGUGGAGAUUACUAGCUAUGAUGACUUUGUUCUUUGGGUCUGGAUUUGCUGCACCUUUCUUUAUCAUCAGACACCAACUGCUUAAAAAGUAAUCCAUGAGACAGAUAGGAAGAGAAGCAUAUUAAGAGGUGCAGUCUCUUAAAAGGAUCAAUCCCUUGAACUCAGCAUCCUAGAUGUUUGUAAAUAAACUUAUAGCAUAAAAAAAAAAAA